AUGUAUGCCUCCCCAGUAAGCGAACACGAGGGAGAGGAUAGCAUCAUAUGCGAACAGUAUGUUGACAGAUGCGGAGUACUUCGUGACAGACAUGGACCUUUCUGGCCACAGGGCUUUGGCCCGGUGUGUAAUGCUCUUGCUCCUGGACCUAACUCAUUUGAAGAAGAUAGCAUGUCAUUUAUCGGUAAAGAGGAUUCACGAUUUCAGCUCUACGAAAGCAAAACUUAUAAACUCCCAGAUCAGUUACUACUGAAUAAAAAUUCUUGA